AUGGGCCGAUUCGGUUUCAAAAAGUCCGGGGACGACAACGAGGAGGAUUCCUCCAACCGUCUGGCACUUUUCGGCUCCCGGUCGAAGAGCAAGAGUCCGGCACCACCUGCCAACCCCUACGCUAAACCCAUCCCGACAGACCCUUACACCAAGGCCAAGAUCCAGGCGGGAGUGGCCCCUCUACCGGCGGGAGAACACCCUCCACCAAGCGGCCCUUCGGGCGCUCACAAUAUUCCCGGCGACAACAAACAGCAGGGCUAUGCGCCGAACAAAUACGGAAACCAGGGCGGCUAUGGAUCCGAUCGCUUUGGCGGCGGGGGUGCUGCCCCUGCGGCGUCCCGGUACGGCCCUGGCGGCUAUGGGGGGCUAGGCAGUGCCGAUCCCAAUGACCCCGCGGAUAGCAACAGAGAUGCUCUUUUCGGUGGCGCUCGCGAACGUGUCCAGCAACAGCAGCAGGCCGGUGGCCCUCCCCCUCCUUAUUCCGAAGGAUCAGCGGCCUACGGCGGCGGCAGCAAUGAGUACAAUACAUCCACUUACCAGGAGCGGAACCUCACUGCCGAGGAAGAGGAGGAGGAGGAAAUCCAGACUAUUAAACAGGAUAUGCGGUUCAUCAAGCAGGGUGACGUCGCUUCGACUCGGAAUGCCCUCCGUAUUGCUGCACAGGCCGAGGAGACGGGACGAGAGACUCUUGCCCGUCUGGGUGCCCAGGGAGAGCGGAUUCAUGAUGCCGAGCGGAGCUUGGAUGUUGCCACCGUGGAGGGUCGCAUUGCGGAGGAGAAAGCCAAGGAGCUGAAGACACUCAACAAGAGCAUGUUUGCGGUCCACGUGUCCAACCCUUUCACCAGUGCUCGGCGGCGCCGGGAGCGUGAUGAGCGGAUCUUGAACACGCACCGAUCGGAGCGGGAUACUCGCGAGGGUACCGAGAAGGAGGCCUUCAAGACCAACCAGCGCAUGGAGCGCACGUUCCGAGAGAUCGAUAGAGAAGCGGCCAAGCAGACCACACGCAGCCGGACGAACGUCACCGAGCGUGCCAAGUAUCAAUUCGAGGCGGACAGCGAGGAUGAGGCGAUGGAAGAUGAAAUCGAGCAGAACCUGGAUCUGCUGUCGGGAGCUGCGGGUCGUUUGAACGGACUGGCCCGGGCCACGGGUCGCGAGCUAGACGAACAGAACCGCCAUCUGGAGCGGAUCACAGCCAAGUCCGACUUUGUGGACGACCAGAUUGCCAUGAACCGGGCCAAGCUGGACCGAAUCCGCUAGGCUGUUGCUAGACCAUCCUGACUGCCUGGAGCUGUCGAUUCCGUCUGCAUAUCACCGCUUCUAUCAUCCUGCUUCUAUCAUCUUGGCGUUAUGGGUAUUAUCUAUUGCUCUUUGCAUAGGAGGAAGUAAUAGUGCGAAUAGAGAUGACGCUCCUGACCGAACAAGGUCACCGAUCUACUUCGGUCAGAUCAUUGCUUCAAGCUGCUCAUAGCUGCUCCUGGAAGACUCCAGCGAUUCGUCGUAGCUUCUUCUAAGUUUGCAAUUUUCUCUAGAGUUUUGCACGAGGCUCCUUUCCAAUCUGGCCUCAAGGGCACGCUCCGUCUCUCCCGGGGACCACCAUUCUACCUAAUCCAGC